AUCCAUUUCAAAGAUUUAAAUUCGAGAUCUCUAACUUGGAGUCUUCAAAGCUUACUACUUGUGACACCCUUAUACGCUUGUUUGUGGAUUGCACAUGUUAAGUGUUGACAUUCAGUCCUCAAUUAUUAUAUAAGACUGUAUAACAGUAUGAGACCAUAUAUUUUUAUUCACAUUCUAAAAGAUUUUUGAAGUCAACUCACUUAGAUCUGUCUCCAUGGAUCGGAUACAGCACAGCUACAUCGAUGUAAGAGGUGUGAAGCUUCAUGUUGCAGAGAUUGAAACAGAGUUCUUCAGCAGUUGUGUUCUUACAUGGUUUCCCGAAAAUUUGGUAUUCAUGGAGACACCACAUGCUUGCUGUGGCUGCUGCUGGAUAUCGAGCAAUCGCCCCGAUUUGAGAGGCUAUGGAGCCUCUGAGCCUCAUCUAACCGGACCCUGGAAAGGCAUCCUUUGAUGAUUUUGUGGAGGACACCCUUGCCAUUUUGGAUUCACUUCAUGUUCACGAGGUUUUUUUGAUUUGAUCUUUUUAGCUUAACCGCAAGUCUAUGGUUUCUGUAGUAAGUGUUGUUUGUCGUUUGGGUACAACUUUUUCAAAAGAGCUGAAUAAAUUAUUAUGAAUCCA